AUGUCCCCACCGUCGUACACGCGCGAACUCACCCUGGCCCUGCGAGCCGUGCAUUCGGCCUCUCUGCUGACAAAACGGGUCUUGCGCUCGCUCUCCAACUCCGUGUCCGCAGAAACCAAAGCCGACGACUCGCCCGUGACGAUUGCGGAUUUCGCCGCCCAAGCUGUGCUGAUUUCCGCCCUGCACGCCACGUUUCCUGAGGAUGCAUUUAUUGGUGAAGAGAGCGCUGACGCACUGCGCUCGAAUGGGUCGCUAGCGGACCGUGUUUGGGAGCUUGUGCAACAGGCGAAAGAGGAGGCGUAUGCGGCUUCAUCUGGAAGGAGCGAGGUGCAGGGGAAGGGUGCGGGGUGUGCUAACGCAUCGGAGGAAGAGAAGGAAGAGAGGACGAUGAUGAGGAAUGAGGAGACAGUGGCGACGGCGGCGGCGGCCGAGGCGGAGGCAGAUGCAGACCAGCAACACAGCUUGACGUUUCCCGCGAGCAAGGAGGACAUGCUGGACUUGAUCGACCGCGGGGGUAAAGGCCAGGUCACGGGAUCAGGACGGGUAUGGGUCAUGGAUCCCGUGGAUGGGACGGCAACGUUUAUGCAGGGGCAGCAGUAUGCUGUUUGUCUGUGUUUGCUCCUCGAUGGCGUGCAGACGGUUGGUGUCAUCGGCUGUCCAAACCUCGCCUUGGACGUACAAGCACCACCAGGCACUACCAAGCUGCACGAAGACACCGUCGACACGCACGGCUACGGCGUCGUCCUAUCCGCCGUCAAAGGCCACGGAACCCACGUCCGCCACAUGGAAGCAUCCUCCCUAGGCCCACCCCACCGCAUCGAUCUCACCACCUUGCCCCCCAAACCCCUCACCCAACUAGACUUUGUAGAAACGACACUGGGCAAGACAUCUCUCUGUCAAGACGAGCACGCAGCCGUAGCCUCUUGCCUCGGCGCCCCCUGGCCCGGCACCGUCCUCUGGUCCCAGCAACUCAAGCACGUCGCCCUCGCCCUCGGCGCAACAGACGUCAUGGUGCGCAUCCCCAAGACGGCAGACCGCUUCACCUACAUUUGGGACCACGCGGGUGGCCACCUGCUCUUCCAGGAGGCCGGCGGCAUGAUUAGCGACUUCCACGGCGAGCAAAUUGAUUUUGCACAGGGCCGGCGGAUUCUGGGAACCAGGAAUUUCGGCAUGAUUGCCACGCUGCCGGGCGUUUUUGAGGAUGUUGGGCGCGCGGUCAAGGAGGUGCUUGGGAGGAGGGGGGAGUGA